AUGUUUGUUUGUUUGUGAAAGAACCGCGCAUGUGCCACCAUGCGGUGCUGAUGGUCGAGCCACACACUGCGUGGAAAGCGUGUGUAUCAUGAAGCAUCAUGGCGUCCAAAACAACUAUUGAAAUGGACGCGGGAGAACCAAGCGAACAUAAUUCUGCCAUAGUUUUUGUAUAUGAUCGAAGAAGAGGAAAUGCACCUGAGAAAAAGAUAGCACUUGCAGGACUAUUUAGUUAUGAAGCCUUUAAAGCUAAGAUUAUUGAGGAAUUUGGCUUGACACAAAAAGAUCACUUUGUUAUUGUCACAACCACACGACAAGAAGUGACAAAUGAGACAUACGACAAUUUAGUAGAAGAUAGGGAUACCCUGUAUCUUCUUUUUAGUGUGAAGCAAGAGUUAUCCGCCCCAGCGCAAGAAAGGGUCGACUAUCAGCCUCACUAUGACACUCUCGUGAAGAGUGGCAUGUACGAGUAUUACGCCAGUGAAGGUCAAAACCCAUUACUAUUUUGA